AUGAAGACCAUUGGCAUUCUCGCGCUUGCCUCGGUGGCUGUAACAUUUGCCGUGGGGGAUACCGCUGCCUUGGUACAAGGUCCCGACAGAAAACUCCGCACCGACGCCCAAGUCCAAGCCUUCCGAGACAACAAGGCCCGCGAGUGCCACAAGCGCUUCGACGGGUACAUCGAGACGUUGAAAGCUGGCGAGUACAAGGACAGCAAAUUCUUCAAAUGUUUCCGCACGUCGGAGCAAAUCUUCGAGUACGUGAAUAAAUUGGUGGAGCAGAACCCAACUUUGUUGGCCAAAGAAAACAUUUCGACCACCGUCCAAGGCAAGACUAUCUACGCGUACAAACUGACCAGCGGCGCGUCCAAGCCUAAGUCGUUGUACUUCCAAAGUCUGAUCCACGCCCGGGAAUGGUCCGCAGGGUCGUCCAACUUGUAUGCGUUGUCUUCGAUGCUGGACGCCAUUGUCAACAAGGAACCGACGGCGGCGGACUCAUACAACUUGUACUUUGUACCGAUCGUCAACAUUGACGGGUACGACAUCUCGUGGAACAGCAAGCGGUUGCAGCGCAAGAAUGCCAACGAAGUCGACUUGAAUCGCAACUGGCCGGCGCGCUUCAAGCACUCCAACAACGUAUCCCCCAAGAACGAAACUUACCCUGGCACGGGUCCGUUGAGCGAGCCAGAAACUAAGGGGAUUCACAAGUGGCUCGAGUCCAUGAGCUCUGAGCUCGCCGGCUGUGUGGACGUGCAUUCGUACGGGGGUGUGGUCUUGUACCCUAAUGGCGACACGACGGAACCCAUCGGCAACGGUGACGAUGAAAAGUUUAAAGCGCUCGGGGCCAAAGUGGCCGAGGCAGCCAGUAGUACCAACUACAAGGCGCAGACAGCGGGUUCCUUUGGAGUUGCGAUCGGGGCGUUCGAUGAUUACAUAUACCGCACGAAACCUUCAGAGCGUUGA